CAUACAAGCCUCUCACGCACUCUGCAAUCUUUUCGAGCAUCUCAUUCGGUUGGUCCAGUGCUUCAGAUGCAAAGUUGUGGAAACAAAAGAAAAUCUGUUGAAUAAUCUAUUGAUUACAAAAUAAAUUCAAUAUCUAGAAUUUCAGGAACCGUAUGAUAUACAUAGCACAAUUGUUCCCAGCGUGCGGACCAGAGCAUCAUAUCGAUCAGUAGACGCAUGCGCGCUUUACUUUUAGAAAGCCUGGGAAACGCAAGCAGCAAUCGCAAGUCCCGGGAAACAAGCAGUACUGCACUUUGGACGGUCGAAGCAGCAGGUUCUGUGGAGUUCGGCGGGUCAACUGCUGCUCCACUGCGUACUGCGUAGAUUCAAAACAAAGCUCGUAACAGUCGGCACUCACAUUUCAGUUGUUCAUCAUGGUUGCAGUCGUGAGAAAGAAUGUUGCUAAACCGAUUCAGAAGGACAUAAUGAAGGAUCGCACGGAAACCGAUAAAUAUUGGUUUUAUUUAUUCGUCAUCAUCCUGUUUGUUUGGCUUGGAGCGUGUACCUACCUAUGCUGCAAUAAAAACAAGUUUGAACCCUACCUGGGUCACAACUGUCUAUACGAUCAGAAUGGAACUGAUAAGGGCGAUUUCAUUACUAAUAGUCUCUUCAAUAUUGUAAGGCUUGAAGAACAUACCAGAGAAAGCGGCCCUAUCGUCCUGUAUCUAAAUAUAAUUUUCUACGUUUGCCUCUUGCUCUUUGCAAUAUUUGCAAUGUUCCUACGAGUUUAUCAUAAAUAUUGCGGCCAUUGCUUAAUUAUUUGCACCGGCAUACAGAUAGUAUCGAUUAGUUACCGCGGUGGGAUGUUCUUUAAUCACGGCGCAUCGUCGGUUAUACCAUGGAAAGAUGAGUUUCUCUAUUGGGAUAUACCCGAUAUAGUUUCUUUUCUUAUCUGCAUAAUACUGCUAAUCGUCGUUGCGACGCGCAAGGGAAUACAAGUCACGGCUCGUCAUCUGACCAACGCAAUUCGAUUCUAUUACUACCACAUGAAUACACUGAUCUUCGGACUUGUGAUUCUCAUCGUGAUGGGAUGCUUGAUAAUCUACACAUUUGAAACGAUCAAAGGUGUUGGCACUAAAAAUAUCUGUUUAGCAUUGCCGAUGACAGUCCUUCUUGGUAGCAGUUAUUUGUUGCUGCUUCACUAUUACUUCGGUGUCGCGGUGAUUUCACUAACAACUGCUAACAAUUAUUGGAAGCAGGAAGAACGAAAAAUAUCCGCCAAGGAUAUUGCACGUGCAAUUGUCGUGGUUUACAAAUACCACUUUGGGACUAUCUGUUUUAAUGCAACUGGAAUAUUACCCCUAAUUGUCGCAACAGCUACAUUAAUACAAUCGAUCGUUCAAACCGUUCGUACCAAAUCCGGCUUCGCCAAGAAGUACAUUAUGAUGACUUUCUUCUUUUUUGUCGGAGAGUAUUCUACUAUGAUAACGGCUAUAAAUGGCAAAAAUUUCAACGAUGCUACAGCGAGAUUUCUUCAUUUGCCUAUUGAAGCACGACGAGUGGCUAAGAACUUAAGAGAAUGUCAAAUGAUCUGGAUGAUAGUAGGUUUGAUUAUGAUUUCGGUGAACAAUUUAAUGCUCAUAAUUAAAUGGAUGUACUAUGAAGAUGAUCCAUACUUUACACAAGUAGCUAUAUUUUCAUAUGCCAGUAUCAUUUAUCUAUACAUGCCAGUAGCGUUGGUCGUCGACGUUAUCAUGGAUACAAUUUUAUUGUGCGAGGUAGAGAAAAAUGAGGCACCCAAUAAUGCAUCCAAAGAUGUAUUAGUUCAAUUACCAACUGAAGUAUCUAUUGCUAAGUAAGCAAUCGAUAUCAAGAAAAGCCCCACCAACAUUAUUUAUUUUCAAUAACUACUUCAUCAAAUCGUAAAAGCAAAACUUGACAUACGUAUUUAAAAAGUGAUAUCAAGUAAAGGUCUAUAUCUUGAGUAAGAUUGAUAACUAUUUAGCGAUAAUUUUUAUGUAGAUCUUGGUUAACAAUUGAUAGUAAAAAGCCUAUACCAUUUUGCAAAUGAAUUGAAUAGAUAACGAAAACAUGGAUAAAGAUUUGACGUUCUAUAUUAGAUGAUAAAAUAGGUCAUAUUAGUAUGGCAAAUACAUUCACAUUUUUAAUGAUUAAAAAUUGGUUAGGAUAUAUAUAUUUUGAUAAAACUACUAUUUUGCAGACUUUCAUGAUUUACAGUAUACGAUGGACCUGAUACGAUUGCUUCGUCAAGACUCGUACAAAAAUAUGUCGAUUUAUGAGUGUGAUGUAUUGAUGUGUUUAAUGAUGUAUUUAGCGUAUAAGUCAAACAAGACAUAUAAUAGACAAGUCAAUAGAGGUAUUCAUGUUGGUAAAGUGACAAGCUUCAGCAAUGAACUCGUAAAUAUACCAGAAAAAUAAUAUCUGUCAACUAAUAACUGUCGCAGAAUUUGCGUUUUUUAUUAACUUAUACGGCGAGCUUGUAUCUAGAGAUAGAUCGCAAAAGUAUACAUUGACAAAACGUUUGACAUUGUUAGCAGCGUAAGGGAUUGAUUGAUAACAGUGAAGUACAAAUGGAAGAGUACAAUGCGUUACAUAAUUACCGAAAAAUGUCCAUGGAUAUUUUUUAUGGAAUGUACGUAUGUGAUACAUGUUACUAUAUAUAUUGUUCGUCGAAAAAAACUUACUCAUCAUCAAAAGUGACGGUGCUUGUAUUUUAAUUUUUUAUAAAAUUCAGAAAAUACUUAAAUCAAAUUUUUAACAUGCAUUUUUUACGUGUGGAAACUUUCAGCGGUACAAUCACGUAUUUGAAAAUACUGAUAAAAAUAUUUAUGAUUAUUCGUCGUCUGAUUUCGGUACACUUUUUAACUUUAACGCAGGGGUAGUUAACAAAUAAUUAGCAUAACAUUUAUUGCACAUGUAAAUUUGACACUUCAAUUAUCGUUGUUGGUUGAAAACUACCUUCAAUAACAAGUUUUAAUUUUUAAGCCGCUCACUUAGAACGAACACUCCGACGAAAAUUGUAAUCAUAUAGACUGAUUAUUUUAAAAGCACCAAGUAUUACACAACACUGAGGCCAGUAUGUAAUGAUGUCUUAAAAAACUAAAACCUAUAAUAAAACCAUUGAGAACCAUUGAGUGUUCUCAAGUGAAGUUUAUGAGAAGAAAAUUUCGAAUUAUUACAAUUUUACUGUGAUAAUGAUCAAACUGUUCAAGAGUGCAACUUGCACGAUAUAAAUGUUGUAUUGGUGACUGUUAAAUGUUAAUGACAUAUAUAUUCAACGUCGACACUUUUAUUAAACGUCUUUGAGUAGUUAUUUAUUAGAACAAAAAUACUUAAAUGAGUUUUCAUAUUGAACGAUAUGAGAAGAAUAUAUGGAUUAACGAAGUCUAGAUUAAGCUGGUAAAAAGUGAUAUGAGCAAACCACUUUGAUCUCAUUGAACGCACUCAUUUAUGUAUUUACUUUGAAUUGAUAAUUUCCUAAUGUAGUAUUAUUUAAAUAAUAUGCUAUAGGCAGGUAUGCACUUGACUAUACUCUGAUUCGUUAAUUAUAUUCAAUGAACAAAACUCGCUAUUUAUUCGUAUUCGUUUAGUUUGUUCAAUGAGCAAAGCUCGAAUACUCAUUAUUCAUGUGUACCUCCAGAAGAAAGUAUUAUUUAUCACACUCAAACAAUAAGCGUUGAAUACACAAACAAUUUUAUUAUCUAACAUGAAAAUAAACUAAUUUU